UUAUUGAACUACUUUUUUUCAAGAACCUUCUUGCCUUAUAAAUAGACCCAGCUAAUAUGCAGUUCCAUACUUCAAAUCUUAGCUAGCAGCUAGAAGUUCCGCAGCAAAUUAUGGAAUUGCAAAAUGGGGAACAUGCUGCCAAACUGCUCAAAGCUCAAAGCCACAUAUGGAAUCACAUUUUUAGCUUUAUAAACUCCAUGUCCCUUAAAUGUGUAGUUGACUUAGGAAUACCAGAUCUCAUUCACAACUAUGGCAAACCCAUGCCACUCUCACAACUCAUUGUUUCACUACCAAUCCACCCAUCCAAAACCCGUUGCAUCCAUCUCUUGAUGAGAAUGAUGAUCCAUUCUGGCUUCUUCUCGCAAUGUGACGACACCGAGAAUGAGCUAGAAGUGGAGUAUAUGCUAACCGAUGCAUCGUUUCUGCUGCUUAAGGAUCACCCGUUCAGUUUGACACCUUUCUUGCAUGCUAUGCUUGAUCCAAUUAUGACGAACCCCUGGCACCAAUUCUCAACUUGGUUCAAAAAUGAUGAUCCUACCCCUUUUGCAACGACACACGGGAUGAUGUUUUGGAAUUACGCCGGCCGUGAUCCCAAACUUAACAUGUUAUUCAAUUGUGGUAUGGCGUGUGAUGCUCGAUUGAUCACCAAUGUGGUUAUUGAGAAGUACAAGGGAAUGUUCGAUGGAUUGGAGUCGUUGAUUGAUGUUGGUGGAGGUACGGGGACCGUAGCAAAGGCCAUUGCGGAAUCAUUCCCACAUUUGAAGUGCAUUGUGUUUGAUCUCCUACAUGUUGUUGUUGGGUUGCAAGGAACUGAGAACCUUAAAUAUGUUGAAGGGGACAUGUUUAAGAAAAUUCCUCCGGCUGAUGCAAUUUUGUUGAAGUGGAUAUUGCAUGACUGGAGUGAUGAGGAAUGUCUAACCAUACUGAAGAAAUGUAAGGAAGCACUCAAGAGCAAAGGCAAAGAAGGGAAGGUGAUUAUCAUAGAUAUGGUGAGGGAGGAAGAGAAGGGUGACAAUGAAUCAGUUGAAACACAACUCUUCUUUGAUAUGCUGAUGAUGACGUUGGUCACUGGAAAAGAAAGAAACAAAAAAGAGUGGGAUACGUUGAUUUCCUGUGCUGGUUUCAGUCACUACAAGAUAACUCCUGUUUUGGGGUUAAGAUCUGUCAUUGAGAUCUAUCCAUAGUAAAUCAAGGCAAAUGCUUGCCUAAUUUGUUCAAAUGUUAAUGAGAAAGGUGUUAGCAUUAUGGAUAUUGAAAUAUUGCUCUUAUCAAAUGAGUAUUAGCAUUACAUGAGUAUUGUACCUGUUAUUGUUCACGUUGUAUUCACUUGAUCAAGGAUAUUGCUCUUGCUAGCUGACAUUAAAUGAGUAUUGUACCUGUCUUUGUUCACGUUGUAUUA